UGUGGUAGCGGCGGUUGGCGUGAGCAGGACCCCGGGGGGCGUCGGCCGCGGCGAGGCGAGUGUCCGGUGACCAUGACCCAGCAGGGAGCGGCGCUGCAGAACUACAACAACGAGCUGGUCAAGUGCAUCGAGGAGUUGUCCCAGAAACGCGAGGAGCUGUGCCGGCAGAUCCAGCAGGAGGAGGACGAGAAGCAGCGGCUGCAAAACGAGGUGAGGCAGCUGACAGAGAAGCUGGCCCGUGUCAAUGAGAACCUGGCCCGAAAGAUCGCCUCUCGAAACGAGUUUGACCGGACCAUCGCAGAGACGGAGGCUGCCUACCUCAAGAUCCUGGAGAGCUCCCAGACUCUGCUUAGUGUCCUGAAGAGAGAAGCUGGGAACCUGACCAAGGCCACGGCUUUGGAGCAGAAGGCCAGCGGGGGCAAAGACAGCUGACAAGGCCAUAGGUGGGCCAGGGGCCUGCCCGCCACCCUCUGUGCCCGGCGACUCGGUUCCCAGGAAACCUGUUAAUAAAGCGUCUUUGUUCGGCAUGGCAGCAGCCGCCUUUUGCGGCUGUCUCUGGUACCGAGAGGCAGCUGCGGUGUUCAUCAGCCUUGGAUGAGAAGAGCAGCCUACCAGGCGGGGGUCUGGUUCCGUGGUGCUCCUAGCAGGCAGUGUUGGGGGAGGGCUCUCAAGGCCUCCACACCUCCCUAGGCUGCUGGCUCUAGUCUCAGCCCCCAGGACUUCUGCCUCCCUUGUCCCUCCUUGGCCAGCAGGGGCCAGGCAAAUGGGGGAGUGGUUGGGCCCUCUUCUGCCUCAGAACCGAGACUUCAGAGCUUGUCCCUAGUGCCUCGUGACUGUGUGAAUAAAGGCCUUCUUUGUAAGAAUCGUGCUGGCCUGUGCUUGUGUCGGGUACAUGGGGCUGCUUGCCACCCCCAGAGCCAGCCCACAAGGCUCUGCCUGGCUCUGGUGGCUCCCCCAUGGGGCGGGGGCAGGGAAAAGAGACCUGGAGUGGCUUUCCCUGUGACUGGGAGCCCCGGUCUCAGGGAUGCAGAGCAGAGGGUGCCCCUGUGCAUCUCCCGAGACCCUUCUCCACCCACCUGCAGAUG